AUGGUUAGUAAAAGUGCAGUUAGCGGCGAGGAACGCCCAGUUUUUAUUCCACCACGAAAGCGACAGACAUCGAAAAAAGUGAAUGGCGCACAAAACUAUGUGGACCACAUAGUUAAUGUACAAAAUCGACAGAAACUCUCACCAUCUAACCCGGCACUUGAUGAGGACUUACUUAAAACAUCAUUGAUAYUGAAAAACAAACAACCACUGCCACAAAUACCAGGAGCACAAAGCAAUGGAGACGCUGUCGAUGACCAGUCGACACACAAGUCUUCACAAUCUGUGGAUAAUAUUUAUGAGGAUGAUAAUGAAUUACAGAAUUUCGAAAGCGUUUCACARGGCACAAAAUCGACAAAUCGCCAUGAAAGCAGCACAGUUACGCCAAGCAGUUACUCAGAGAGUAGUUUGGAUGCAAAAUCACACGAUUGUCUUAGUAAUCGCUCUUCGUCGAAGAAACGUGUAAAUAUACGCACCGAUCCGUCGCAUAUACGCAGUCAGCGGGAAUCGCCGGAAAUAACCAACUAUGAAGAUCUGGAAUCAGGUGAAACGAGCGUUUUGAAUGUUGAUAUGCAUAGUUUGGAACGGUAUAAUACGAGAAGGUCAAUGGAUAGUAACUAUCUGACUAUGACAGGUACAAUUAAACGUGGCCGCAAAAAAGGUCAAAGCGUCGAUUUGCAAAUCAAUAUCAGUCGUGAGGAAUUGGAGCAGAUCAAUGCAGUUGCGGCCGCCACACAAGUGAAUAAGAAGCAAAACUUAUGUUGCACCUGCACACCGAAAACUGGUUUACAUAUCCUAAUACUGUCGUUAAUAUGUCUUCCAUUUAUAACUAUAAUCUCAAGCAUUUAUUCAUUUUACAUCGGCACAUUAACUUGGUAUAAUAUGUUCAACUACUUCAAUGAGGAGAAAUCGUGUAUAUAUAAAUUYUUUAUGUCACCUAUAUUAAUACUCGCCUAUCCCGUUGGCAUACUCGUAUGUACACUGGGUCUAGGCCUCUAUUCGGGCAUCGCACAAUUGAGUUUGCAGCUCAAUAGUUGGUUAAAUGAGGUAGCCGAUAUUGAGAAGGGUUUCUACGGUUGGUUAUGCUCAUUUCUACAUCUCUCCGACUGUAGUCCGUAUGAGGUCGUCAUACUAAUGGAUAUACAACCGGCCCACGAUGUGCCACGUGUGCAUGUAAAUACCUCAACAGAAGAGCUAUCGCUCUAAGCGCCCAAAGAUUGCAAAAAGGAGAAUAUGCCUACGUAGUACAUAAACAAAUGUAUAAGUGUAUGUAUUUACAACUCAAUAGUGAACACAAACCGUCGAAAGGAUAGUGAUAUAAGAUACUUGAUUAUUGUAGAAGCAAGAGAAUCGUAAUUUGUUUCUAUUUUUUGGCUAGAAAGUGAACGAAGUGGUGAUUCGGCCUUUUAUCAGGUGAUAAUAGAAACAAACGUAAUAUUUUGGAAAUGUAGUACACUAUUAAAGUACUGAAAGAUUUAAUGAACUAUUUGUUUAAUAUAGUUUACAUAAUACAUAGUGUACAAAAUAAUUUUUAAUGCACACAUUUGCCGCACAUUUUCGAAAUACACCAUAAAAACAAAAAUACAGAUAUUAAAGAAAUUUGGAUAUAAGAAUGGAUAAGGGAGAGCUUAGUAUCAUAUUAUACAUCCUACAUUGUAGAAUCGCUUAUUGUUAUAGCAAGAGUGUAAACCAAAUUUCUUAGACUUUAACUUCCGAACGUAUUUAGGUAUUGUGACAUAUAAUAAGACUUCUAUGAGGUAGUUAAUUUUUCUAAAUCACUAUAUAUAUAAAAAUAUUACAAAUGUAUCAUUUAGUUAGGUUAAACAUAAAAGACUAGACAGUAGAGACUUAGAUUCUUACAUAAAUCGUAAAUCGGUAAUCAGUGCUUGUUAUGAUAACCAAAAGUGGGCAACUAAAGGGUGGUCCAUUACGAAGCUCCCUACUUUUUUAAAGGAAAAUACACGGARACUUCAAAUUUAAUGGGGAAUAUUUAGUAUCAUU